AUGAAAGAUGAAACUUGUCAAGUUAUGGGAAUCAGUGCCCUUGUUGAAGUCCUCAAAUGGAGGGAUGCUGUUCUUCUAUAUGAGGACACAGAACAUGGGAGAGCCACCAUUCCAUCUUUGGUCAACGCCCUUCAAAAGAAAAAUAUUCAUAUUGCAUAUGAAAGUUUCAUUGCUCCCUCCUCAACAAAUGAAAUAAUUAUUGAAGAGCUACAAAAGCUAAAGGCAUUGAAGACUAAAGUAUUUGUCGUGCAUAUGAUGUCGAAUUUACUUGCUCCGCGCCUUUUCUUGAAUGCAAAAAAGCUAGGAAUGAUGAGUGAAAGUUAUGCUUGGAUUAUGACAUCAUUCAACAUGAACUUCGUGCACUCCAUGGAUUCAACUGUGAUUGAGUCGAUCCAAGGACUGCUAGGUUUCAAAUCUUGCAUUCCAGCAUCAACUAGCCUCCACAAUCUUACUUCAAGACUGAGGAGGAAAUUUUACAAGGAGGAACCUAGUAUCGAAGUGAGGGAGGUAAGUCCAAAUGGAAUUUGGGCAUAUGAUGCAACUUGGGCUCUAGCUGAAGCAGUUGAAAGGGCAAAGAUGAAAAAUUCUACAAGAUCCUCCCAACAUGGAAUUAUGCUUCUCAGAGAAAUAUUGCAAAAGAGAUCUAAGGGUUUAAGUGUGAAAUUGGGAUUCAAGGAACUCGUAGGUGUGCACCAUGAUCUUCAAACCUACAAAACUUAUGUCACUAGCUUUUGUAUAGACGUAUUCAAAGCUGUAAUCGAAGCCUUGCCGUAUAAAGUGCAUUACAAGUUUAUUCCAUUUGAGGAUGCCAAUGGAAAUAUGGCUGGGACUUAUAACGAACUUGUUUACCAAGUCCAUCUCCAGAAAUUCGACGCAGUUGUUGGAGAUACGACAAUCACAUGGAACAAAUCUUUAUAUGUUGAUUUCACUGUACCAUUCACUGACUUAGGCAUGGGAACGUUGGUGCCGAAAGAAGAGGAAACAAUGUGGAUCUUCUUGAAACCUCUUUCAGCAGAUUUGUGGAUAACAAGUGCUGGUUUCUUUAUUCUGACGGGUUUUGUUGUGUGGAUAAUUGAGAAGCCUGUUAACCAAGAAUUCCAAGGCUCACCAUCGCAACAAAUUGGAACAAUAUUUUGGUUCUCCUUCUCGACCCUUGUGUUUGCUCAUAGUAAGCACUUGAUCUCAUUGCUUAGAGUUAGUAUGGCAUCCCUAAGAAAUCUGAAAAUCAAGACUGGUACUUGCAAACGCAUUGUUAAGGAGCUUCAUUCUUAUGAGAAGGAGGUUGAGAGAGAAGCUGCAAAAACAGCAGACAUGAAGGAGAAAGGAGCUGACCCUUAUGACCUGAAGCAACAGGAAAAUGUGCUGGCUGAAUCAAGGAUGAUGCUUCCCGAUUGUCAGAAGCGCUUGGAGGCCUCACUAGCUGACCUUAAAGGAAUCUUGGCUGAAUUAGAAGACGAGUUGAACCAGAAGGAAGGCCCUGAAAUUGAAGAAGCUCGAACCAUUAUUGGAGAAGUUGAUAAGUUAUUUCAGACAACAGAAGCCUAG